UGACUCUUCUGAGCAACCGAAUUAUUUUCACACGCCUUCAAAUUAUUAAAUCGUGGUAAUAAGAUUAUAUUUUUAAGCUCCCUUCCUCCCCCGCGCCUCGGCUUGUCCCCCCCUUUGCAGAUGUUGCCUUUCUAAACACCUUAUGGGGACUAUUUACCUUUGAGGCUGUCUGCAGCCAUCAGCUCGUCACACAGUCAUACAUGCGUGGAGGAGAACAGUGGUGGAAGAUUUUUUCUGCUGAUCCCAGCACCUUUGGUUAUUAAGGGAAGCACCAGCACCUCCUUGAUCGGUUCCCUCCUCCCUUUUUUUCUUCCUUUCUUUUUUCUUUUUUCUUUUUCUUUUUUUUUUCUUUUUGCCAAUCGCCAUCCCACGACAGCCUACCCGGAGGAAAGGAGUCGGGGAGGGGAAAGCGAGGACACACCCGCACAUACUGUACCCGGUGUACACGGCAAGGAUGCCGCAGACAACAUGAGGUGAAUAUCAUCGACUGUCCCAAAUUGGAAAUUCAUUUUAUACCUGCACUGGAAUCAGAACCCCCGGUGAGCACAGCUGGUUAUUCACUUGCCUAAUACCAGCGUCCAGCAGGAGCAUCAAAUCACAUCCAGAUGGGAAAAAAGAUGUCUGCACUCAGAUCCUAGGUGACAUCCUGUGGCCGUCAGGUCUUUACAGUGUUGAGCCCCCUCCCUCUCCUGGCCUCCGCCUGCAGUUCUUCAGGCUGCAGGACCCAGACUCACUGAAAAGUGCAGGCCUCCUCCCCCCGCAGAAUGACUGUUGCCACAGCCGACCCCUCUGACGAGGCGGCGGCGCACCCGGGUCACCCGCAGGACUAUGACCCAGAGGCUGACCAUGAGUGUUGUGAGAGGGUGGUCAUCAACAUCUCAGGGCUGCGCUUUGAGACACAACUUAAAACGCUCUCCCAAUUUCCAGAGACUCUGCUGGGGGACCCCAAAAAGAGGAUGCGGUACUUUGACCCACUAAGGAACGAAUACUUUUUCGACAGAAAUCGACCCAGCUUUGAUGCCAUAUUGUAUUAUUACCAAUCAGGAGGCCGACUAAGAAGGCCAGUCAAUGUCACCGUAGAUAUUUUCUCAGAGGAGAUUCGCUUUUAUGAGCUGGGUGAGGAGGCAAUUGAGAUGUUCAGAGAAGACGAGGGUUUUAUCAAGGAGGAGGAGCGGCCUCUUCCUGACAACGAGUUUCAGAGACAAGUAUGGCUACUGUUUGAGUACCCAGAGAGCUCAGGUCCUGCAAGGAUUAUUGCCAUAAUCUCUGUCAUGGUCAUCCUCAUAUCUAUAGUCAGCUUCUGCUUGGAGACGCUGCCCAUUUUCCGUAAUGAUGAAGAGGAAAUGCAUAAGUCUCAAGCAGAAGUCUUUUCGCCUGAGACUAACACCACAAUCAUCAGCUACACAGCCACCUACUUCACUGACCCCUUCUUUAUCCUAGAGACUCUUUGCAUUAUAUGGUUCUCCUUUGAGUUUCUAGUGCGCUUCUUUGCCUGCCCCAGCAAAGCAGGAUUUUUUGGUAAUAUAAUGAACAUUAUUGAUAUUGUUGCCAUCAUCCCUUACUUCAUCACUCUUGGCACAGAGCUAGCAGACAGACCAGAGGAUGGUCAAGCAGGUCAGCAAGCCAUGUCUUUAGCCAUUCUCAGGGUCAUCCGCUUGGUGCGAGUCUUCAGAAUAUUUAAGCUCUCUCGUCACUCUAAGGGGCUUCAGAUUUUGGGUCAGACCCUGAAAGCCAGCAUGAGAGAGCUUGGCCUCCUCAUUUUUUUCCUCUUCAUAGGAGUCAUCCUAUUCUCAAGCGCUGUCUACUUUGCUGAAGCAGAUGAGCCAGAGUCACAGUUUGAAAGCAUCCCAGAUGCGUUUUGGUGGGCUGUGGUCUCAAUGACAACAGUCGGCUACGGUGAUAUGGUCCCAACUACGAUUGGUGGCAAGAUUGUGGGCUCCCUCUGUGCCAUUGCAGGUGUGCUGACCAUUGCCUUGCCCGUGCCUGUCAUUGUGUCAAAUUUUAACUACUUCUAUCACCGUGAGACUGAAGGUGAAGAACAGGCGCAGUAUCUGCAGGUCAACGUGCCCAAAGCUGAUUCGGCGGAGGAGCUGAAAAAGAGUCGGAGUGGCUCCACCAUCAGUAAAUCGGACUACAUGGAGAUCCAGGAGGCUGUGAACAACAGCAACGAGGACUUUCAGGAGGAGAACCUAAAGACAGCCAACUGCACGCUGGCCAACACAAACUAUGUAAACAUCACCAAAAUGCUUACAGAUGUGUAGUCAUCUUAUAUUUUCCUCCCUGUCACAGUGGGAAAUGUGGAGCUGAGCAUCUGGGUGGGACAGGCAUACAUCCUCCCAUCUUAUGCGUGCUGAAAAUAUCAAGGCAAUAGAAUUCAUGCUGUUGAUGAUUGACUGAAAAAUAUUGCAAAUACCAUUCACUCCUUCUGCGCCCAUCCUGUCUUCACUCGUCACAGCUUGUCCUUAAAACUCCUUAUUAAUGAGUGGAAAUUGAAAAUUUAGCAUUUCUGCAUGGAGUUGGCUUUUUUCUGUGUGACUGUUUUGAAAAGUAAAUGAUAAGACCUACAAAUUUCCCGCUCACAGUAGUAGUGCACAAAAAGAAAAGAAAGUGGAGAAAACACAGUGAGAAAAGAAUCGCUUUCAAAAUGAAAAAAAAAAAAGUCACACAAGUCCCGCUUAAGUCCCCUGUCCCUUGAUCCCUCAUUUCCCAAGGCACACUGCUCUGCCAUGCGCUUCUGAAGAGCCCUACUUGUGCGCUACAUAUGCUGCUUCCUGGAGCCAGUGAAACAAAACUGUCCUAUGCUACACUAUUUAGAGAUAAAAAGGACGUGUAAGCAUAAAGCAAGCCCAGUCCAGCGCUGGCACGGCCUAUGGGUGACUUGUGACGAGGUUGGUGGUUAAGUACACCACAUAAUUUCAAGGAUGAAUGACAGCCAUCAGCACUAAGCUCAUGGUUUGACACCUUUGUUCCCAGUAGACAUCAGUAUCUGAUGAAUGACUGAGAAUGGCCUUGAAUUUUCACUGCUUUGGUCUUACAUGUACUGUACGUAUUGCAAUGCAAGCUUUCUCCCUCCAUUCACCCAAACUGGUCUUAUUGCAGAGCUUUGAGGACAACUUGAAUGUUUCUUCUUGUUUUGUUUGUUUUCCACAGUUUCACACAUAAAGUACUUAUUCAUAUAUAGAUAGGUAGACUAACUGUGACUUAUCUGAUAGCCAGUAGGUAGGUGCUGUUAUUAGUAAACGUAGUCAGUAGAUAAUUGCAUGACAUUUUUAUCUGACUGAGAAAUUUCCACUUGUUUCUCGACUGCCACUUGCUUCAUCACACCACUGUAUAUUUGUUUGCACACUGCCUUCUGUACAAAUCCACACUUUUAAAAGGAUGCCUGCAGGUAGCUGUUACAAGAACCUAAAACUCUAUGUCGGAGGAUUUCUUAAGAAAUAAUCAUAAAGCCAAAUCCUACAUGUAACAGGAUACGGUAUCCUUGUCAAUAUUAACAUUCCACGUAGAAGUCAUUACCAAUUAACUUUUGCCAGGUCGCUGUAAACUGAGCUACGAGCUGUGAUUUUGAGCGUUAACUCACACCCUAGUUUUGGACAUUUAUCGCAGUUGCAGAUGUGAUAGACUUGCAGUGGUGUUUUUUCUCACAGGUUUGUCACAUGAUCACGUCCUCACGAUCAAAAUACUAACUUUUAAGGACUAGUGUAUAGAAAAAUGCUUCCCCCCAAACUGCCUUGUAUCUGGGUUUACGCUACUCUCCUAGUGUUGCAUGACCUCAGAAACAUUCCUAGCAUGUGUUUAAGCUCAAAGAAGAAGCCUCUAAGACAAAAAGAGUAUAAUUAUUACAAUAGACAUAUUUAUUUCUUAUGUAUAAAACAGUAAAUGUAUACAGACAAAACACACAUAUAUAUAUAAUGCUCAUAUACUUUUAUGAGAAUUUAAAAAAAACCUAAAAUAUCAAACUUUUAAGAGAAAGCAAGAGUCUUUCCACAAUGUGCAGAUCAUUGCCAUGUUUUUUUUUUUUUUAAAUGAUAAUAUGAACACUGUUGUUCACCUGUGUCGGAGCCUGUCUGGAGUGCCAAAGACACACUUCCACUAGCCAUUUUCUUUGCUGGUGAGUUCUCAGCAAACCUGAUACACGUCCUGGAUUUAGACACUAGACGUUUGCUUCACUUUAUACAAAACUGCCUUUUGUGAAGUAGUUGUUGAAAGGCAGCGUGUGGUACUGAACUGUGUCAGCCCUAACCAGAAUCUUUUCUCAGAAAGCCUUUAUUGACAUUAAAUUGGCCAGAAUCUAAAUGGAGUCUGGCUGUCCGCUGAAAACACUCUGAUGCCAGAAGCACAAUCUGUCUUUAAAAGUUACCAUCAAAUGUGAAUUAGGUUCUGAUUCUUGUUUCCAGGUAAGAUUUUCCACUGUUUGCUCAACACUGCCAAGGUAACAGUCAAAGGCAGUAACAUCAAUAUGGGAAGUGAUAAUUAGCAGUAGUGUAGCAGAUACUGUCUAACCUAAGGGUCCUCAGACUUCAUAUCCGAGUCUCUUGUCUUUCUACAUCUUUUCACAGAUGUCUUCUGUAAUUAGAAAGGUGAUGAAUUAGGAGGAGGUCUGUAGCAAGAACUGUCUUGAUGAAUUCUGUCAUGUCAGGAUGUACAUCUUUAUUCUAAGGGUUUCAUUCUGCUCACUGCAGUUUCAAACUGCAGGAGCAAAGUGAUUUAACAACAUCGCUGCCAAUAUGUGCUCGUCCAACUGCCUGACCCGAGGCUUUUGACAUCCUCUCUUUGUCCAAAUCUGUUUUUCUGUAUCUUCAAAACAUUUUUAGGGGAUUUUAGUAAGUAAACUGCAUGUGUUGCUUUUUUAAGAGUAGCUUGAAGGUGGACUGAGAUCCUGAAAAGGUCAUAACUCAAAGUAGGACCGAAAAAAACAAACAAACAGCUGAUUAGCAACAUUCUCAAGAUCAUAUGGUAGAGGUGGUGGUGUGAAAAGCAUACACGCUAUCUCUUAAAAAACGCAAAGAAAGAAAGAAUUAACCUCUUUGGAGCUCCACAAUUUAACCAAGAGCUUAUUGAUCAAUAGUUGAGUAUUGGUUUGGGUGUUUGAGUUGUGUGCAUGUGUGUGUGUGAGUGUGUCUCUGUGAGUCUGAGAGGGAGAGAGAAGGAGAACUGCUGAAUGUCAGUGUAUUAGCCUGGUUGUACAGCUGCAUUUAUGCAACAGCCAUUUGCAUAUCUUUGUAUGUGGGGAAAAGAGAAAACACUCACAGUCUGACCAAAAAAUAUGUCUAUGCAUGCCAAUGCGUCAAAUCCUAUUGUCAUUUUUUUGUUUUUACCAUUUUGUUGGACAGAAAUUUAACAUAAAUGUUACACGCUAGCAUUUAACUAUUUGUUUGACAGUAGGCAUGCUAUUGUACCUCAGCCAACUUCACUGUAGCAACUCAUUUACUGGAGUUCACAAUGUUGUAGUUGUAUAUCAGCAAUUAUUUCUGCUUAAAGCACAAAGAGAAGUAGAAUCAUGCUCAUCUGUAAACCUACAGAUUUAAUCUGCACAAUGUUUUUUUAAAUUUUCAGUCUAAACAAAGUCAAUUAUACAUGAAGUUGUGUUGUUUUAUGGGGAGCACCACAGCCUCUAAGAAUUUCAUCUCUCACCUGCUGAGGGACCCACCAGCAAAUCCACUCCAUGAGAAGGGUGCCCAACAGUGAAUACACUGAGAAAUCUAUGCAGAGAUUGGUUAUUAGCUGGUAGUUUGGGGGGGAAAGAAGGUUCAGUACAUUUUUUCUGUUUUAUCGGGCAUAAAUUCCAUGUCGAUCCCAAGAGCUGACAAAGCAUUUGAAAGAAACCUCAAAGCAAAAAUGAAACACUUUUGCAAUAUUCUGCUGCUGUAUGUCAAACACUCACAUGUUAGCUGAAUGUGAAUAUGAGCUCUCUGAUCUUUGGGGUUUGUUUAACCGCGAUGUCAGCUCUGUGUGACAAGGCUCAUACAUACAGGAAACAAUACAGUCAAUAUGCAAUCUUAAUGCAUGUGUGUGUUUAAGACUUUUUUUUUCUUUUGACCCCAGAGCCUGAUAGUGUGGCAUCCACUGAAAUUUGUACAGUUGUUCACCUCACCCCCCCUUCCCUUGUCCUCCCCAUUUCAUAGAGGCCUGAAAACAUCCAUCAAUGUUGAUACAGUGGAUAAUGGAUUUUCUUUCUAUGAAAUGAACUAUGACAGAAUAAUGUAAAUAGUAACCAAUGGAUGAUGGAGUAAAAACCAUGUACUAUAUACUGUAUGUGAAGUCUGAAUUUAAAACAUAGUAUUAUCUGCACUUUACAACAAAAAGGACAAUCUAUGGACAAGAAAAACAUGCAGAAUUAAAAAAAAAAGGCAUAUAAUCCUUCCAAAUGAUCAUAACCAUGAAAAAGUAAUAUCAAUAAUGAAGCCAAUAAUAACUCAUUUGAAAU